AAUGAUUGUACCUGUUUCCUGACAGAUGUUUUUCUGUCUUAUUUCCACUUUAGCCGCCAGUCCAUUGUGCAAAUUCCAGCACUGAGGAUUCCCCUGCAUCGUCCAUACAUACUGAUGGAUCCGUUGUAUAUAUCAAUGAUCAAACGAAUCACAGGCAUGGAGAAACAGUUGAUACUAGAACCAAUUAUCAACAGGAUAUAGCGUGUCGGACGGAGUGGAAGAGCAUGCUGAAUGUGCAAUCAAAUAUCAGAACAGCUAUCAGAAAAAUUACGGAAUCACCUUCUAGCUCCACGAGUAGCGACCGUGUUGUCAUGUAUGACAACGAGACGGAAUCACCUUCUAGUUCAACGAGCAGCGAUCGUUGGGUCAACUCUGGCGAAGAGACUGAAUCACCUUCUAGUUCAACGAGCAGCGAUCGUUCUGUCAACUCUGGCGAACAGACGGAAUCACCUUCUAGUGCAACGAGCAGCGAUCGUUCUGUUAACUCUGGCGAAGAGACGAAAUCAUCUUCAAGCUCAACUAGUAGCGAGCGUUCUGUCCUUUCUGUCGAAGAGGCAAUAUUUCAACCAGAAGACGUUGUAACCCGAAUACGCGAGGAGACGCCGGAUCCUUGGGGACAACCAAGAACACCACCGAUGGCAAUAUUUCAGCCAACAGACGUUGUUCCUCGCAGACAAGUUCCCAAUGACAUGAAUGAUAAUGGACCAUACCCAGCCAUCGGAAAUGCUUCCCGAACGUUUUCGUUAGAGGAGACCGACCCAGAAGGCUUACAUUUGGUAAAUCGGGAUCAGACAAUGGUGAUUAUUUUUGGUAUAUGAGAUAUGUUUCGUUUUUUUUAUUGUUUUUUUUUUUUCUUUAUUUUUAAUCGUUAAAGUUAAUCACAUAUAUCAUGUAUUACCUUCAAUUAAAUAGUGAUAUAACGUGCUAGAAUGAGUAUUCAUUAUCAAGCCAACUUCCUAAUACGAUAUCACAUUCUUACAUAUAUUGAACCUUUUUUUCCAUGUAUCAUAAAUCAAAGUUUACAAUUUUUAUUUCAAUUGUGUUGCAUACAUAUUAAACAGAAUCUUUGACUGAAAGGAUGUGACGUAUUUUCAUUCGUUUGGUGACAGUGACUUAUUUACUAAA